UAUACCUACUUAUUCAGGUCAAAAGCAUGACAUCAUAGAAGCAAGCAAUAAUCUUAAUUUAACAGUGACUUUACCCUAUUUCUCGAUGUUAUUUGGUGUGUCUCGGAUCUUUUUGCAAGAAACCGUUUAAUUUGGUGUAUUAUUUAGGUAAAAUUGGUGAUAAGGAAUAACAUGUCCUUUUAUUACCAGGAAAGGCCGGCUGGGCCAACACCUCCGGGUCCACUGUCCAACAAGCUGCGCCUGUACCAUGUGGACAUGAACCCGUACGGACACCGAGUGCUGCUCAUAUUGGACGCCAAGAAGGUCCCGUACGAGGUCUGCAAGUUGGACCCUCUGCGGCUGCCUGAAUGGUUCCGAGAGAAAAAUCCCAGAUUGAAAAUACCCGUGCUAGAAAUACCAACGGACCAAGGAGACAAGUAUCUGUUUGAAAGCAUAGUCAUCUGCGACUACCUAGACGAGCGAUACACGAGGAACCCACUGCAUUCCCGAGACCCAUUCGUGAAAGCUCAGGACCGACUGCUCAUUGAGAGGUUUAACGAGCUGAUCAAGGGCAGUCUAGAAUGUUUUGACACAAACUUCGCUUUCGGCAAUGAACAGAUCAUACAAACCGUGAAUAUUUUUGAAAAGGAGCUGGAAUCCAGAGGCACGGUGUACUUCGGCGGAGACAGGCCCGGCAUGCUGGACUACAUGAUCUGGCCGUGGAUCGAGCGGCUGUACAUGCUGCGGUGUCUGAACCCGACCAAGUUUGACGAGAAACGCCACAUUUUUCCCAACUUUGCUGAUUGGGGUGAUCAAAUGCAGCUAGAUGAAGUAGUUAAAAAGCAUGCGAGCUCCCCAGAAGACAACUUUGAGUAUUACAAAAAUGCGCGUGCCCACUCUAUGGGCUACUAUUUAUAGGUCUAUAUUAUUAUUUGUUGUACACUUUGUAAGCUAUAUACCUUAUCGUAUGGUAUUUUACUAAACCUAGAACCUACAACUAACUUAGGUGCUACUAAAAAAACAAGCAAUCUUUUUAUAACGUUUUAAAUAUGUAACUGACAGUGUUCGUUUUUUAUUUUAGGUAAGAGCAUUAUUUAAGUAUUUUUUCUACGCACUUUUUUUUAUCACUUACAGUGACAGCCACGUAUUUGUGAAUUUCACGCUAAGCGUAAGUUAUAUUUUCUAUGAUUUGUUAAAAUCGUUUAUUAACAGCUAGUCUGAAAAUUUAAUUAUUUUUAUGCAAGUCUUUUUAGAAGGAA